AUGGUUGUUGUUUCACUUUGUUUAGUUCUUGGAAAAGUAUUGAGUUAUUAUAAUGUUAUAUCCACUGUCACUUCUCGCAAAAUGGUCCACAUUUUAACAGGAACAUUUCAAAUUGUGUUUUGGGCGUAUUAUCCCGACGAACCGUAUGCUCGAGUAUAUGGAGCACUUGGUUGCUUUAUAUUUGCAAUUGUUUUUAUGUUGUUUGGAUUUGGUAUCGUAAAAGGGAUGUUAUCACGUUUUAUGGUCGACUCCGUAUGCAGAGAGAAAGAUGCACAUGAAAUGUUAUAUGGUCCUUUAAAUUAUUGUCUGAUCAUAUCAUCGUUCUCUUUAAUGUUUUGGAAGAAUUAUCCACCUGCUAUUUCAGCUAUUGUAAUUAUGCUAAUGGGUGAUGGGAUGGCCGAAAUAAUAGGCAAAAAGUGCGGUAAAAGACAACUCAAAAAUCCAUGGGGAAAUGAAAAAAGUGUUGAAGGGACAGUUUCAGUUACUCUAUUUGGUGGGAUUGGUGCAAUGGCAAUGUGCUUUUUGAUAUAUGGGAAUAUGUAUUUUAUGUACAACUGUUUAUUUGGAAUCGUGGGGGCAUUGGUCGAGUUUUAUUCCUAUCCAAAUUAUGACAACGUGUUCAUUCCAAUUUCAAUUGUAAUGGUCGGAUUUUGCAUUUUCAAUUGA